UGAGUCAAUUUUGAGCCAAUUUAAAGCCAAUUUUGAGUUAACGGCCAAAUUUCUCAUGAGUCGAUGAGCUGAUGUCCAAUGUCGAAUUGGAGUUUCGGAUACCCCAGGCAUAGUUUUCGGAAGCAGGUCUUAACAGAAGCUGAACCUCUUGCACAAAGUUUCAGCAACUUCAAAACGUCAUGGGUCAACAGCAACAGCAGGCUUGGUAAAACAUGGAACAGGAACAGGAACAGGGAUCCAAUUCCGUUGAGGACUACGUUGUGGGCUCGCUGCCAACUCUAAUCUAUAUUCCCAACUUCAUUACUGAAGCAGAGCAAUCCGAGCUUCUUCACCACAUUUACGAAGGUUCCCCAACAAGAUGGAAGAAUCUGAAGAAACGCAGACUACAGAAUUGGGGAGGGGUCGUGCACGAGAAGGGGCUUUUGCCACAAGAAUUGCCUCCUUGGCUUAAAAAAAUAACGAAGAGAAUUUACGAAAAAACGUCAUUAUUUCCCUCAGAUAUCAACCAUGUUCUAAUAAAUGAAUAUUUGCCCGAUCAGGGCAUAAUGCCACACCAGGACGGUCCAGCCUACUUUCCAGUGGCUUCAAUCUUGUCCCUGCAAUCACCUGUUGUGAUUGAUUUCACCCCACACCCAAAAUGGAGAGAGUUUGGUGAGAAGGAGAGAUUAAGGUCUGAAAAUCUCAGUAACUUAGAAGAACAAAUAUCUGAAGUUGUGAAGGAGGAUUUGUUAAAUGAAUUAGUUUGUAGUUUGAAAGAUGAUCAAUGUUCUCUUCUGUUGAUGCCUUGCAGCCUAUUGCUAUUUAAAGAUCAGGCUUACUUAGUGUUCAUUGUUGCAGAUUUCCUUCACGGUAUAAAGGAUUCCACGGUUCACAGUCUAAGCAAGGUUAUAAAUGUUUCUGAGUGUAUGAAAUUAGAAGACUGGAAGGAAUGUCAUCCUACUACCAAUGGAAAAACUCAAGAACAUUGCUUUAAUCGAACUUCAACAAGGGUUUCAUUGACAUGUCGGCUGGUGCCAAAAGUUUGCAAGAAUCUGUUCAAGUUCUGACGUUCAAUAAAACAUUUGGAUUGAACAACUUUUUAUUUUUCUGAACAAUUAAAAUAUUUAUUGCAUUGUUUGAGGUUUUGCUUAGAUAGAAGAGAACGAAAUGAACUUUAAAAUCAGGCAAUUUGGAGCUUCAUUAGGAAUGUGAGGCUAUCUAUUUUAGAUUUCUCCAUUUUCUUGCCACUCCAGUGUAGUGGAUCUUGAUUGUAGGUUGAGCUAUUGUAAUAUUCUUCAUUAAUGACUGGAAUGAGAAGAACGCUUUAAAAUUGCUAUAUUUUAAACUUACUAAGAUGCAG